AUGCUACGCUUCUCAGUGCGCAUCCUGUCUCCGGUGAAGGGGCAGCAGCAGCCAUACGAUGUGGUUGUCUCCGGUGGCGGUAUUGUCGGAGCGGCAACGAUGACCUCACUGCAGUUGCUGCGGUCACGUCUUUCCGCGGAGAGCGCAGGUGACGAGUCUACAGCUGCGCGUCCUGUUUAUGCGUCGAGUCUCUCUCGUCUAAUGCUCGCAGACCGAGGCGCUCGGCCGCGGUACGACGCGCAGAACUUGAUGCACCAACUUCGCACGGUGAGCCUCACACCUGUCUCUAGCAAACUGCUGGACAACUUGGGUUGCUGGCGGCGCUUGCAAACUAAGCACGCCUACUACCGCAUUGCCCUUCGGCACGAGAAGGUGAACAGCCCAACGCUUCCUCAGCAGCACCGUUCUGUUACCUUUUUUAUGCGUGGCUUGCUGGGCGGUGAUAAGACAACCGCGGAGCCGCUCCUCGAGUUUACCGACUUGAAAUCUCCCCUUGGCUUCAUUACGUACAACACGGAGGUGAACGCCGCAUUGUUUGAUGUGAUCGAGGACCAUCAAGCUCUUCGUGAUGCCAGUGCAGCUGACGAUCAUCUCGUUUUUGGUUCUGCGGUAGAGUCCCUUGUUCUCCCGUCGCAAGAUGUUAUUGACGGCGAGCUUGGCAAGGCGGCGUUGCGUGGUACUUCCGGUGAGGAGGAGCCUGUUGAGUUUUCACUCCUGCUUGGAUGUGAUGGUCGCGGCAGCCAUCUACGAGAUGUACUUUCGACAUCUGCGCUGCAGCACGACUACGCGCAGACAGGCUUUGUGUGUAGUGUCCGCUUAGAGCGUAUUGACGACGGUAACGUUUGCUGUUUCCAGAAUUUCUUUCUCGAUGGCAGCAUUAUCGCAAUGCUCCCGACGUCAAAGGACACGGCCAAUAUCAUAUUCUCCACCACACUUGCGCACGCGCGGGAGUUGGCCGCUGCUUCACAGGAUGAUCUUGUAAAAGAACUGAAUGCACGUCUUCACGCCUUUGCCCCUAGAGAUAUUCCACGUAUCCUUGAAGUACCUGAAGGCACUGUCAAAGGCAAGGCAGUGCGCGCGCAGGGUGCGUUUCCGUUACGGUUGAAUGUUGCGCUGCGCCCGUACUCCCCGCGGUGCCUACUGCUGGGUGAUGCUGCGCAUGGCAUCCAUCCGUUUGCUGGGCAAGGACUCAAUCUGGGCCUGUACGAUGUUUGUGCACUGACAGAAGUGUUAGAGGGGGCUAUUCGCUCUGGACAAGACAUUGGAAGUGUGAUGGCGGUGGGGCAACCGCUCGCGGCGGAGAUGAUGGUGCACACCGGGACUAUGAUCACGGCAAUGGAGGGCGUCCAUGCGCUCCUCAACACCGUGCCGGAGUUGUCGUGCGUCGGGAUGAGGGCCAUCCAGAACUUGCCGUUGCUAUCAUCGUUCGGGAAGGAGUCCAUCGUCCACGUCGCGUCUGGCGCACUAUUUGCGCGUCGCCACAGCAACUGCUUUCUUCUUUCGUAA